AGAGAGAGAGAGAGAGAGAGAGAGGUGUUUGGAAAGAAUAACAGAGCUCUUCUCUUAAAUCUUCCUCGGUCAGUGUCGGCCGUCAAAAUCUGAUUUUUUAUGCGCAAAAUCUGAUUUUGAUACGAAAAAUGGCGUCAAAACGGGAUUUUGGAGCGAUCUCUUUGACCUGGGCUCUAUUAAUUUGAUCCGAGUUCUCUCGGGGAAAAUCUAGAAGAGGGUUCUGGAUGAGAAUUUUUCCUGCCAUGAGCUUUUGUGGAUAGAUUCCAAUGUUUUAGAAACCGGUUUUGUGGUGUUUUUUUUGGUUUUUAAAGAUCUUGUCUUUUUCUUUUUGUUUGGGUGGCGGGGUGGGGGGAAUAGUGAUUUUGGUACAGUUAUAUGAGUUGUUUCUUCCUUAGAAUCUUGGGCUUUGAUCUGGAUCUUGGGCGGUUUUCCUUUUAGGUUCUGUCUUGAUCGGUUUUUGUGGGUUAUGGUAGAAUUCAAUGUCUCAAGAGCAAGAAUCAUGAGAAUUUGAGCUGAGGACUCUCUUUUCCGGUCCUUUUCCAAUGGCACAAGACGAUUCGAUUGAGCUUAAGUUUAGGCUUUUUGAUGGCUCCGACAUUGGGCCAGACAAGUAUGAUCCUGCGACCACCGUGGCAUCUCUCAAAGAAGUCAUACUGGCUCGGUGGCCUCAAGACAAAGAAAUUACCCCAAAAACAAUAAAUGAUGUGAAACUCAUUAAUGCGGGAAAAAUAUUGGAGAACAACCAGACACUUGCAGAGUCCAGAGUGCCUGUUGGAGAGCUUCCAGGUGGUGUUAUCACUAUGCAUGUUGUUGUGCGGCCUCCCCAACUCGACAAAAAUAAUGAGAAGCAGCUGGGAGAUGCACAAAAACAGAACCGUUGCACGUGUACCGUCCUCUGACUCCAAAUAAUAUCUUGAGAAAUCUUUUCUAGCCAGCAUUUUGACAGUCAUGUUUGGUUAAACAAGGCUUGUUGGUUGAGAUCAAGUGUUUUGACAGUGUUCCCUUAGCUGGCUGUAAAAAAUUCUAUAAAUAUUUCACAAUCUUUGCAUGGAGCAUUGGAAAAAGCAUCAAAGUGAUAAUUGAAGUUUCAUUCCUUUUGAAUAUAAAUUAGUUCAGUACAAAACUUCCAUUCGAAGGGAACUUGGCCUCAACUCAACCAUAACUCUUUGAUUCUGGGUCGGAGAUUUCAUGACUUGUGCAGUCAAAAAUCAAAGAGCUCAAAGAUUUUGAUUGCAUUUGUACAAAUGAGAGGUGUGAUGGAAAUAUCAACUAUUUGUUGCCUU